AUGUUAGGUUUUCCCCUACCCCAAGCCUUAAGGUUGGCGGCAGCGCAGGAGGCGGCGGGCGCGCAGGCUCGCGCGGCGCCAGCUGAUACCAUGGGCGGCGCGCACCAGCCCGCUACUCCAGGGCCCAGCUCGCUCUUUAUAUUCUCCGACGAAAAUCCUAUACGGAGGUAUACAAAAUUCAUCAUCGAGUGGCCACCCUUUGAGUACGCGGUGCUGCUUACCAUCAUCGCCAACUGCGUGGUGCUGGCGCUGGAGGAGCAUCUACCCAACGGCGAUAAGACCAUCUUAGCACAGAAUCUGGAAAAAACCGAGGCGUAUUUUCUAGGAAUAUUUUGCGUAGAAGCCUCGUUAAAAAUAUUAGCCUUAGGUUUUGUUUUACACAGGGGAUCGUAUCUUAGAAACGUUUGGAACAUAAUGGAUUUUUUCGUUGUAGUAACUGGUAUCAUCACGCUGCUGCCCGCGGUCGCGCCCGAAGUCGACUUCAGGACCUUGCGUGCCAUUAGGGUGCUGAGGCCCCUUAAAUUAGUAUCGGGCGUUCCUAGUUUGCAAGUUGUAUUGAAGUCCAUCAUCAAGGCGAUGGCCCCGUUGCUUCAGAUCGGCCUUUUGGUGCUUUUUGCGAUUGUUAUAUUUGCCAUCAUUGGCCUCGAAUUUUAUUCCGGGGCGCUUCAUAAGACUUGUUAUAGUUUAGAAGAUAUUAAUGAAAUAGUGAAUGAAGGUGAGAAUCCAACGCCGUGCAAUGCCGACAAUGAAACGGUGGCACCUCCGGGCGCAAACGUAUGCGCUGCAGACAAGAGUACAUGUCUAGAAAAGUGGGAAGGGCCAAAUCGCGGCAUCACGUCGUUCGAUAACAUCGGCUUCGCUAUGCUCACCGUCUUCCAGUGCAUUACCAUGGAGGGCUGGACAUCCAUCCUCUACUGGACAAAUGAUGCAUUAGGUAGUAUGUUCAACUGGAUAUACUUUGUACCUCUCAUAGUAUUGGGUUCAUUCUUCAUGCUCAACUUAGUUCUCGGUGUCCUUAGCGGUGAAUUCUCUAAUGAAAGAACCAGAGUCGAGAGACGAGCUCAAUUCCAAAAGGAAAGAGCUCGCCAGAUGUUUAAUCAAGAUUUCACAGCAUAUAUCAAUUGGAUAACAGAAGCAGAGUUCACGCUAUUUUGCAGUGAAUUUGCUAAAGAAAGAGAGAAAGUAGAAAAUAGGCAAGAAUUUCUUAAAUUAAGAAGACAGCAGCAAUUAGAAAGAGAACUCAAUGGUUAUGUUGAGUGGAUUUGUAAAGCAGAGGAAGUUAUAUUAGCUGAAGAAAGGACUACAGAAGAAGAAAAAAUGCACAUAAUAGAAGCGCGAAGAAGAGCGGCAGCCAAGAAAAAGUUGAAAAAUCUUGGUAAAAGUAAAAGUACAGAUACAGAAGAGGAGGAACAGGAUGAAGAUUGUGGUGAUGACGGGUUUCUGAAAAGCAAAGCUCGUUCCGCCGGCAAAUGUGCAGAUUUUUGGCGGGCAGAGAAGAGAUUUCGAUUUUGGAUCAGACACACCGUGAAAACACAAUGGUUCUACUGGUUCGUCAUCGUUCUGGUACUCUUCAAUACAAUAUGUGUUGCAGUUGAACACUACGGUCAACCCCCGUGGCUGACUUCGUUUUUAUAUUAUGCUGAAUUUGUUUUUCUUGGGCUAUUCAUGAUGGAAAUGUGGGUAAAAAUGUAUGCGUUAGGCCCACGAAUAUAUUUUGAAUCAUCGUUUAAUCGUUUUGAUUGCGUUGUAAUAUCCGGUUCCAUAUUCGAAGUAGUAUGGUCGGAAGUUAAAGGCGGAUCUUUUGGUCUUUCUGUUCUUAGAGCGUUAAGAUUGUUACGGAUUUUCAAGGUUACAAAAUACUGGUCUUCGCUGCGCAACCUCGUAAUUUCCCUCCUUAAUUCUAUGAGAUCUAUCAUUUCAUUGCUGUUUCUUCUAUUCUUGUUUAUACUCAUAUUUGCUCUACUUGGUAUGCAAUUAUUCGGGGGGCAAUUUAACUUCGAAGAUGGCACACCACCGACCAAUUUCAACACUUUUCCUAUUGCUCUACUCACCGUAUUCCAGAUCUUAACAGGUGAAGAUUGGAAUGAAGUAAUGUACUGCGGUAUACAAUCGCAGGGUGGCACACAGUCGGGAAUGCUCUAUGCUUUGUACUUUGUCAUACUUGUACUGUUCGGCAACUACACACUGCUGAACGUGUUUCUUGCCAUCGCGGUGGACAAUCUGGCAAAUGCACAGGAGCUAACAGCAGCAGAAGAAGAGCAAGUGGAAGAGGAUAAAGAAAAACAGCUACAAGAAUUGGAGAAAGAGAUGGGUGCAUUACACGCGGUGGAUGGAACUCCACCUCGAGUAGACAUAAGUCCUACAUCAGCGGCAAGUAGGAAGAACAAAAAGAAAGAAGAGGCCAAAAAGGAAGAAGAAGAGAUACCAGAUGGACCAAAACCAAUGCUGCCAUAUUCGUCCAUGUUUAUUUUAUCACCAACUAAUCCAAUUAGGCGAGGCGCACACUGGGUUGUAAAUUUAAGAUAUUUUGACGUUUUUAUCAUGUUAGUUAUAUGUAUGAGUUCAAUGGCUUUAGCGGCAGAAGAUCCAGUAGUUGAAGAAAGUGAAAGAAACAAAAUCCUUAACUACUUUGACUAUGCGUUCACGGGAGUGUUCACCGUGGAGAUGCUGCUGAAAAUCGUCGACCUCGGCAUUCUAUUCCACCCGGGCGCUUACUUGCGCGAUUUAUGGAAUAUCAUGGACGCUGCCGUCGUCAUCUGCGCGCUUGUUAGCUUCGGUUUUGAAAUCGGAGGUGUGAAGAAAGGAGCGGGUCAGAAUCUGUCUACAAUAAAAUCGUUAAGAGUUUUAAGAGUGCUUAGACCAUUAAAGACUAUAAAGCGUGUUCCAAAAUUAAAAGCAGUGUUUGACUGUGUCGUGAACUCUUUGAAAAAUGUCAUUAACAUUCUCAUAGUGUACAUAUUGUUUCAAUUCAUAUUUGCUGUAAUUGCAGUUCAACUUUUUAAUGGUAAAUUUUUUAACUGCAACGAUAUCAGUAAGAAUACUCUUCAAGACUGCCAAGGGUCGUAUUUUGUCUACGAGGCGAACAGUCUGCUACCGCGAGUAGUCAAGCGGAAGUGGGAUACACAGUCCUUCCAUUAUGACAACGUAGCGUCAGCGAUGCUAACGCUUUUUGCAGUACAAACUGGAGAAGGGUGGCCACAAGUGUUGCAAAACUCAAUGGCGGCAACCUAUGAAGACAGGGGACCCAUACAAAAUUUUCGAAUAGAAAUGUCCAUAUUUUAUAUAGUUUACUUUGUGGUGUUUCCAUUCUUCUUUGUUAACAUAUUCGUAGCCCUUAUAAUUAUAACAUUUCAAGAGCAGGGUGAAGCUGAAUUACAAGAUGGUGAAAUUGAUAAAAAUCAGAAAUCUUGUAUCGAUUUCACGAUAGAAGCUCGACCUCUUGAGAGGUAUAUGCCAAGCAAACGUGGAAGUUUUAAGUACAAAGUGUGGAGAAUAGUAGUUUCUACGCCCUUCGAAUACUUCAUCAUGACUCUAAUCGUCCUUAAUACUUUGUUACUCAUGAUGAAGUUUCACGAGGCUCCACCAGUACUCAUGGACACGUUAACAUUCAUGAACAUCGUCUUUACGUUCUUCUUCCUACUCGAGACUGUUUUGAAGCUAAUUGCCUUCGGAUGUACGAAUUUUUUCAAAGAUCCAUGGAACAUUUUCGAUUUCAUAACGGUCAUUGGAAGUAUUAUUGACGCUCUUAUUAUGGAAUUUGGCGAGAACACAUUCAACGUUGGUUUCCUGCGCCUGUUUCGAGCCGCGCGACUGAUCAAGCUGCUCAGACAGGGUUAUACAAUUCGGAUACUUUUGUGGACAUUCGUGCAAAGUUUUAAAGCCUUACCCUACGUGUGCCUUCUCAUCGCGAUGCUAUUCUUUAUAUAUGCUAUUAUCGGAAUGCAGGUGUUUGGCAAUAUAGAAAAUGCGCCUGAAACAGCCAUGAACCGGCAUAACAAUUUUCAAAGCUUCAUUCAAGCACUUAUGUUAUUAUUCAGAUGUGCGACGGGGGAAUCUUGGCCAAACAUUAUGUUGGAUUGUCUGAAGCCAGCAAAAUGUGACGAGAAAGCUGGCAAACCUCCCCAGGAAGAAUGUGGAAGCACACUAGCCUACGCUUACUUCGUUUCUUUUAUAUUCUUCUGUUCUUUUCUCAUGUUAAAUUUAUUCGUAGCUGUCAUUAUGGAUAAUUUUGAUUAUUUGACAAGAGACUCGUCCAUUCUUGGGGCGCAUCAUCUAGAUGAAUUUGUUAGAAUAUGGGCUGAAUACGACCCGAAUGCUACAGGGAAAAUCCAUUACACAGAAAUGUAUGAUAUGUUAAAGAAUAUGGAUCCGCCCUUGGGGUUUGGUAAUAAAUGCCCAAAUAGGUUAGCAUAUAAAAAAUUAAUAAGAAUGAACAUGCCACUAGAUGAAGAAGGAAAAGUGAAUUUCACGACAACUCUUUUUGCCUUAAUUCGGGAAAAUCUUAGUAUAAAAAUGAGAUCUGCUGAAGAAAUGGAUCAAGCUGAUCAGGAGUUAAGACAAACCAUAACACAAAUAUGGCCUCUCCAAGCGAAGAAGAUGUUAGACUUGCUGGUGCCUCGUAAUGAUGUUCUUAACGCGGGAAAACUGACAGUCGGGAAGAUCUACGCAGGAUUGCUUAUUCUAGAAAGUUGGAGAUCGACUAGGUUUGGUCAGACAGAACCACAGGGUGUUCCGAAGGCGUCCUUCUUUAACUGCCUGCUGGAUGUGGCUGCGGGACUCGGACCCGGAUCGCGAACAGGUUCUCUGAGUCAAGAAGGUCCUCUUAUCACAACCGCGGAGGGCCAUCCGGAAGAUCCACACACUUUAGCCAACUUCGCAAGACGCAGUACCAGAAAAUCAUUCAAGAACAAUAAAAAGGUUUUGGAGCUACAAGAUGUUGCCUCUCAUCAUGCAUCUUUAGAAUCUUUAGACGAAGCGAGACUACAACCACCGACACAUGCUUACCAAAAUGGUCACCACGGAAGAUCUUCUAGUUUAAGUGCCAUCGAUGAUAUGACGCAAGUGAGAAUAAUUGUUUUGAGACGAGGACGGACUCCAAGUCCCCGACGGCGUGGCCAAUAUGGAGGCUAUCAACACGAUAUUGGUUUCUCAGACACAGUUAAUAAUGUUGUCGAGAUAGUCAAACAUGAACACCAAAGACAUGGGCGAACUCAUCGAGCGCCUCACCACUAUCAUCCUCAUGUUGGCGAUCGCGAACGGGAGCGCGAGUGGAGAGAAUGGCGGGAGCGGUCUUGGGAACGAGAGGGACAGAGACGAGGCCGCGGUCGCCAGCUACCUCCAACGCCCACCAAGCCGUCCACAUUACAAGUCAAACAGCAACCACCAUUCACAAGAAUAAGCCACAGCCCCUCCCAUUUAUCGUUAAGGCAUACAGUGCGAGAACCUGUAGAGCCUCUGCACGAUGAGUACGAGUAUGGCCGGGAAGUUGAAAGACUGAUACACCGAGAUUAUAGAUCUAGAGAAAGACGUGGCAGGGGCUACGAAUCGGAGCGCGGACGUGCCUACGAAGCGCCGCUGUCGUACGAGGCGGCGUUGGCGAUGGGCCGAGCGGGGGGAGCGCGGGCGCUGCCGUCGCCGGUGCCGGCGCCGCGGCUUCCCAACGGAUACAAGCCGCGUGCGCGCCACUCGGACUCUGACGAGGACGACUGGUGCUAG